GGGAGGCACCCUUCACCAGCAUCUCUGGCACAGGGUCCUUCUGCCCUGCCCACGCCCCUGCCCCUGUCCCGCUGCCCGGGAGUGCUGGGGGGAGCACCCACAGGGUCUGCUGGCUGCCCCCUGUGGUGGGGUCUGCACACAUGGUAAGGUCACAGCUCCCGGCCCUCACCCAUUAAUCCCCCUGGCAGCAGCCGAGCUGCAGCCCCCGGGUAAUGCCCCCCUGUAUCGGGUACACCCAGUGCUGCCCUCCCAGUUACACCAGUGCCAUACUGGUGUGACGCUGGAGAAGCGGCCGUGCUGUGCCAGCCUGUCCCCAGCUGCCAGCAGAGGGCAGGGAUGGGACACUGCAGAGCUGGCACUGACGGGGCAGGGAGCUGGCACCCCCAGCUCCCCAAAGCAGCCCUGCCGCCACCCUAAUUCCCCGUAAGGUCCUUAACGUAAUCCCCCAAAACCGUCCAGCAUUCCACUCGGAUUCCCGAGACAGGCAGGACAGACCCAGGGGGUGCCCGGGGGAGAUCAGGACCUCAGCUGGCUCCUGGCAGGGCUCAGAGACACCCCCAAACCCCACCAGACCCCCUGCCCACCCCCGAGCACGGCUGUGCCCGCACUGGGGAGGGAUGGGGCACAGCCUUUGCCCCCCAGGGUGUGGGGCUGACCCUCCCACGGACCCACCCUGCCCCCGGGUCAUUCUCCGGCGUGGACAGACCCCUCCGGGGAUGCCACCUCAUCCCAGGCCGGAUCCCUGCCGGGGGACGGGGUUAAAGCCCGACCCGGUGGCGCGGGGGGUACCUGGGAGGUUCUCGCUCCAUUAAUUCUGGCACGUGAGGAGAGCAGAACCGGGAAGGGAUUAGUUAUUAACCCGACCGCGGGCAGGGGCUGAGGGGCCGCGGGCCGGGGGGCUCGGCUACCUCGGGAACCCUCGGCGGGAGCUCCGGGAUUGCCACCCGCCCCCCGAUCGCCGCCGCCCCCCCGGUGCCAACCGGUGCGUAUUUACUUGGCAAAGGAGGUGGAAAUGUGCUGACGGCGUCCGCCGGAGCGAGGGGCUCCGCUGGGAACGGCUCCGAGCCCCGGCCGGAGCGGCGGGAGGCUCUGGGAGGGCAGCGGGGACCCCCGUCUCCGGGUCCGGCUCUCGCCCUCCCGAGGGGAGCCGCCGCGGAGCCGGGGCUCAGCCAGCCGUGCCACCGUGCCCGCCGUGCCAGCCGCCCGUCCUUGCGGCUCCCGAGGAAAGGGUCCCUGGAUGCCACGGUGCAGGAUGGGCACCACGGCCGUGCUGCUGGCCCUGCUCCCCACAGCCACUGCGCAGCCCACGCCGCCCCCGGGCUGCGGCCACGACCUCUCCUCCCUCUACUACAACCUCUGUGACCUCUCAGCGGGCUGGGGCAUCGGGGUGGAAGCGGUGGCCAGCCUCGGCGUGGUGACCACCUUCGUGCUCACCAUCGUCCUGGUGGCCAGCCUGCCCUUCGUGCAGGACCACCAGAAGAAGAGCCUGGUGGCCACGCAGGUCUUCUUCCUUCUGGGCACCUUCGGGCUCUUCUGCCUGACCUUCGACUUCAUCGUGGGGCCGGAUUUCUCCACCUGCACCUCCCGCCGCUUCCUCUUUGGCGUCCUCUUCGCCAUCUGCUUCUCCUGCCUGCUGGCCCACGCCGUGGCCCUCAACUUCCUGGCGCGGCGCAACCGGGCCCCGCGGGGCUGGGUGACGCUGGCGGCGGCCCUGUCCCUCGCCUCGGUCGAGGUCAUCAUCAACGCCGAGUGGCUCGUCAUCACGGUGGCGCGGCGCGAGGGCGGCCCCGCGGACCCCUGCCAGCUGGCGGGCGCCGACUUCGUCAUGGCCCUCAUCUACGUCAUGGCCCUGCUGGUGGCCGCCUUUGGGGCCGCAUGGCCCACGCUCUGCGGCCGCUACGGCCGCUGGCGCAAGCACGGCGCCUUCAUCCUGGCCACCACCGGCCUCUCGGCGGCCAUCUGGCUGGCGUGGACCGUCAUGUACCUGUACGGGAACCAGCGUGCCGGCCACAAGCCCGGCUGGGAUGACCCCACGCUGGCCAUCGCGCUGGUCUGCAACGCCGCCGCCUUCCUCCUGCUCUACGCCAUCCCCGAGGUGACGCACGUGACGCGGCGCAGCCCCGAGCAGGCCUUCGAGGACGAUGGCUACCCCACGCGGGGGGUGGGCUACGAGACCAUCCUCAAGGAGCAGAAGUCGCAGAGCAUGUUCGUGGAGAACAAGGCCUUCUCCAUGGAUGAGCCGUCCUUUGCAGCCAAGAAGCCUGUGUCCCCGUACAGUGGCUACAACGGGCAGCUGCUGACCAGCGUCUACCAGCCCACCGAGAUGGCACUGAUGCACAAGGGGAUGAGCGAAGGUCCCUACGACGUGAUCCUGCCCCGCGCCUCCACCAGCCCCAUGCCCGGCAGUGCCAGCUCCACGCUCCGAGCCGAGGACGCCUUCGCGGCGCAGGCGCGGCACUCCAGCGUCCCGAGGGACAACCGCGGCUGCCAGGUGCAGUCCCCGUACAGCAGGAACCGCUGGUGACGCAGCUCCCGCAGCGCCGGCACGGCCGCGGUCCCUCGGUCCCGCUGCCAGGGCUCGCCCAGCCCCAUCCCACCCUGACUGACGUGUGAAUGCCACCCCGUGACGUGUGAAUGCCGCUCCGGCUGGCAGCCAGAGCUGCCUCCUGCCCGUGGGACGCCUGGACACGGCCCCAGAGCCAGCGCUCCCACCUGCCCGUCCCACCUGGCCGUGGCUCCCUCAUCCUUGCCUCAAGGACUGGCUCCCGCGAGGACACCCCCGGUUGUCACCUUCGUGAUGCACAGACCUCCUGCCUUUCCCAGGCCAUGGACCCUCCAAAGCUGGGGAGCUUGUGGGACCCCACUCAGGGCACCCCCAGCACCGAGCCCCUGGCCCCGCACUGACCCCCCCAGCCUGGGGACCCGAGCUGAGCUGGGCCCAUCCCGCCACAGGGCACAAGGGGACACCAAGCUGUGCCCAGCUCUGCCUCCUUCUGUGCCUCUGUUUCCCCGUCGCUGGGGGAGGGGGAUCAGUGCCUUGCUGGGGCUGGGGACCAGCCCCCCACAGCUCUGGCCGCCUUCUCGGUGCCUUUCCCCACCCUGGGGGCUCGGAGACCCCUGCAGGGAGUGGAGAGGGAGCUGGGCCCCUCGCCCUCCUUGUGGCUUUCUCUGGCAAGUUUCCUUUUCAUUUUUUCAGGUUGCCCCAAUAAAGGUGGUUUUUCCUA